AUGGAUCAUCCAACGUUGAUUCCCUUCGGGCCAAAGUCCAAUUGCAACCUCGACGUUUGCCCUUUAGAAUGGACCAUCUUCAAGUACCGACCGUCCAUGGCCGCCAGCAUCUCCUUCAUCGCGCUCUACUCCCUGCUCAUGUGUUUCCACAUCUACCUGGGCUUCCGCUGGCGCAGCUGGUGGUUUACCAUCUGCGUGGCCCUGGGCUGCGUCGAGGAGAUUCUGGGCUAUGCCGGCCGCAUCAUACUGUACCACAACCCGUUCAACUUUGCCGGGUUCAUGUUGCAGAUUGUUUGCAUCGGCUCUGCACCAGUCUUCUACACGGCAGCCAUUUACGUCACAAUCUCAAUGGUGGUCGAGUCCCUCGAUGUCUCCCUGUCGAGACUGCCGCCUAAAAUGUACUAUGCCAUCUUCAUCAGUUGCGAUGUGAUCGCGCUGGUGUUCCAGGCUGUUGGCGGAGUACUUUCCACAACGAGCUCAGGCCAAAGCACCAUUGCCGUCCCGCUGUCCCUCGCCGGCCUCAUCUUCCAAGUCGUCAUCACCUUCAUCUUCUCGGUCCUGUUCGCAGACUAUCUGAUCCGCUAUUUCCGCGCCCACAAGAGGCAGUCGCCCUCCUCCGUCAACACUAACAACAGCAAUGAAAAUGGCAGCUCUCCAGCGGCAAGAGACAGACCAGACCUCAAGCGCCUCAAGAUCUUCACCGGCUUCAUGGCUGCGGCGAUCCUGCUCAUCCUCGCGCGCUGCAUCUACCGCGUCGAAGAGUUGCGCGAGGGCUACACUGGCAAGAUGAUGACCAACGAGCCCUUGUUCAUCGCGCUCGAGGGUGUCCUGAUUGUGCUGGCGGUGUCAUGCCUCCUUGUUGGCAACCCGGGCUUUGUGUUCAUCGCCCCGGAGAAGGGGUUGAAGGCCACACUCCGCGGGAAUGGCCAGCAGACAGACGGAGCGGGGGUUGAGACUGGCAGUUCGAGCGACGCAAGCGCUGAGAAGGUGCAGGUGUGAGGACAGUUCUGUAGAUGGCUCUGAGUGAGGAAACAUGGAGCUGGGGACGGGGUGGCGAGCGUCCUUUCUUUCCCUUGAUCAUGGGAAGGUCAAUUAUCCAAACCCAAAGGGCCUCUUUGCGUCCUCAAUGAGGCGGGCAUUCUAAGUCGGACACCACCCACAAUGAUUAUUACAUGGCAUUUCCUUCUACGUC